AUGGCCUACAAUGAUGCAGUCGAAGUCUUUCGAGACACCGAGUAUCCCAUGAUGAAGGGCAAGAUUUAUCUUGACCAUGGCGGGACUACCAUCUACGCAAAGUCAUUGAUCGAGGACUUUUCGCAGAAGAUGAUUCAAAACCUUUACGGAAACCCUCAUUCGGCUUCGGAUCCUGCUAUGCUUUCUGGCCACCUGGUAGACUCCAUUCGAAUUCAGGCUUUGUCAUUCUUUGGCGCAGACCCGGAGCACUUCGACUUGGUCUUUACGGCCAAUGCUACAGCUGCUAUCAAGCUUGUUGGAGAGAGUUUCAGAGAUCUAGCAGCCAGUAACCCAAGACAACCGUCAUUUUGGUACGGCUACCACAAAGACGCGCACACUAGCAUUGUUGGAGUACGCGAAUUGUCGAACGAACGUCAUCAUUGCUUCAUAAAUGAUGAUGAAGUCGAGGAUUGGUUGAAUGAGCAAGUGGGAGUAACAGGCAAGCCAUUGAACAGUGAAGGACUACCAGGAUUGUUCGCUUAUCCGGGACAAUCUAAUAUGACCGGCAGACGACUACCCCUGGGCUGGACCAAAAGAUUGCGUGAUUGCCUCACUCCGUCCUACCAAAACACAUACUCCCUCCUCGACGCAGCUGCGCUCGCAACCACUACACAGUUGGAUCUCAGCGACCCGGAUUCUGCGCCAGAUUUCACAGCUGUCUCUUUCUACAAGAUUUUUGGAUUCCCCGACAUUGGCGCUCUCAUUGUACGCAAGAAAUCCGGGCACAUUUUGGGUUGGCGCAAGUACUUUGGUGGAGGAACCGUCAAUGGAUUGACCGUCAUCCAUGAGGCUUCGGUUCAACGAAAAGAUGUAACAUUGCAUGACGGCCUGGAAGAUGGCACUCUCCCUUUCCAUAGCAUCAUCGCUCUAGGCUGCGCGAUUGAGGUACAUCGAAGACUGUACGGAAGCAUGAAGACAAUAUCGCAGCAUACGUCUUUCCUUGCCUAUCGUCUCUUUCAUGGGAUGAAAAGCCUCACCCACUACAAUGGUGUCCCUCUCUGCGUCAUGUAUACUGAUCCGGACCGAUGCACCUAUGGCGACGCCACGACUCAAGGAUCCACGGUAGCCUUCAAUAUUAUGCGCUCGGAUGGGACAUACAUUGGUCAUUACCUAGUCGAAAGAAGUGCAAAUGCAAAGGGAAUAUAUCUUCGGUCUGGCGGGCUUUGCAAUGCUGGUGGUAUCGCUAGCUAUCUCGAAAUCGAACCAUGGCAAUACAAGCGCGCAUGGUCAGCCGGCUACCGCUGCGGCGAAGGCAAAAUUGAGUUAGUCAACGGAAAGUCAACAGGAGUAGUGAGAGUGAGCUUGGGAGCCAUGAGCACCAUCGCUGAUGUUGAUAACUUUCUAUCUUUCUUGGAAGAGGAGUAUAUUGAAGGCAUGGACAAGAUGAUGGAUCUCGCAAAAGUUGACGACCUAGGUAUUGAUCCCUUUGGCCUGGAAAUCAUGCGCAGUAACGAUAGUGGGUUUGCUUCCGCGGCUCAUUCUGCUGGCCACUCGUUCUCAUCCCCUGGACAAGUCAACGCUCGUCGAAUGAUAAGUUCUCCUAACUUGAGAUCUCCCAUGAGACCAAGAGAACCACGGGUUUACGCUCAAAAGUCUUUCUACGACCGUCGACCCACCACUGCGACUAGUCAUAUCAGCCAAGUCAGCCAGAGCAGUCAGAUCUUUCGCCCACCACCACCUGUUUCGUAUAGUCAGAGACCAGAGACUGGAAGAACCAUGGUGCCAGCAGAAAGCAUUCGGUUCUCUGAGUCAAUUGACAGAGCGUAUUAUCCAUCGAUGCCUGGCAAUUUUCAAAACACACAAACACAAAAGGGACGAAACGUUCUGAAAUUCUGGAAGCCAAGAAAGCCCCUUACAAAUGCAAGCGGUAACAACAGAUGA